GGUAUUUAUUCCACAUAAAGAAAAUGACGAGAAGGAUGAUUCGCAAGAAAGAAUAAGAAGCCAGUUGUCAGGUCUUGUCUUAGGUAAAAAGCAUACAAAUAGGGAUCUCGGUUGUUUUGAUUGGAUAUAUCGUAAAAUGAGUACACUUUUCGAACACUUAAAGACGCUCUUUGACUGCGAGUUGUAUUCAAAUGCGAAAUUAUUGUCUAAUUUGAUAUUGGCAGUUUAUGAGAACAAUAAAUUGAUCCUGACUCCGCAGCAACAUUUUUGCACAUUGGUUUAUUAUGCAGAAUCGCUUUUUCAUGAGCACCAGUAUCGUGAAUCCGAGGGAUUAUUUAAACAAGCUUUGCAAGCUAAGCGCAUAAUUACUAAGUCGAAAUCACCUGGAAAUAGAGUAACAGAAGAUUUUAAAGACAUUUUUUCAGAAGUUGAGAUCAAAUUCAAAACUGCCACGUGUUUAGUAGAAAUCAAACGGUUUAGGGACGCGAUCACUACUCUUCAGUCUCUUUCAACUAAACAACGAACCCCAAAGGUUAAUAUGCUUUUAAGUAGACUAUGUCAUAAUCACGGACAUGAAAGAACAGCAAUUGGAACAUAUAAAGAGGUGUUGAAAGAUUGCCCGUUAGCAUUCGAGGCAAUAGAAGGUCUUCUGAUGCUUGGCACUAAUGGAAUUGAAGUUAACACUCUAAUUGUGAACGCAACGCUUGUACCGCAAUGCAAUGACUGGUUAAGUAAUUGGAUCAAAGCUCAUGCUCAUAUUCAUAGUAGAAGGUACAACGAAGCUAUUCAAACAUUUCGGUCUAUCGAAUCAAAUACUUCACUUGCAAAUUAUCACCAGCUACUGGUGCAGAUAGGUGAGUGCUUCUACAACAACGGAGAUUAUGAAAACGCUUACACCUAUUUAAAAAGAGCACAUAAUUCAUAUCCGUAUAUGAAGAAUGGUAUUCAGAUUUUAGCGAUUCUCAUGACAAAGAAAAAAAAAAUUGCUGAAUUAGAAAAAAUGAUUGCUCCCACAUCAACGUUUCCAUAUGAAUAUUCUUCAGAAAUGUGGUUUGUAAUGGCACAAUAUUUGUUCGCUACAAUGAAAUACGACAAAGCCGUCUAUUUUGUCCAGAAAGCAUGUUUUCUUAAUCCAAAGAAUGCCGAAGCGUUAAUACUGAAAGCAAAAGUACUGUUGCAACUAAAAAAGUACCAGGAAGCAAUAGCUCAUCUCCGUUUUGCACAACAAUUUGCUCCUUACCGUUACGAGGUUCAUAAAGUAUUGGUGGAUACAUACAUUCACAUACAUCGCAUACGAGAAGCUCAAUCUCAGGCAUUGAAAGCAUUGAAAACUAUAGGUGAAUCACCAAGGAUGCUUGUGCUUCUGGGUCGAACCUAUCUGAAAGAUGAUGCGACAAAAGAAAAAGCGAAAACAUUAUUUGAAAAGGCUAUUGAGCUGAAUGAAA